UAAAGCUGUGCACAUGACCUGAAUCACGUGACCGAAUAUUUAAUUGGGUGGAUCCCCAUCAUUUGGAGCUUCACUAUCUAAUCAUGAUAGGUACAGAUUCCUAUCAUAUAACCAUAGAUAUAACCACCUCAGAAGACGGACAUAAGUUUGCUGAUUAUAGAUACUCUGACAUUGAAGUCACCACCAUAUCCGCUCAACCCAGCAUGUCCCAAGAUCCCAAGGAGCCCAUUGAACCCAUCAAAGCCCAGCUGCUUGGCAAUGGGGUGAUCCGUCUUUUCAGAGAGUUCGAAGAAGAAGACAUUUCACUCACGCCAGUCCAGAAUGACAACGUUGGUGACGGUACAAUGGUAGCCAUACUAGCUGUCCCUACCUAUUUUACAGCAACUGAUUUAUUGGGAUUCAUAGGGGAGAAUCAUAUGAAAUACGUAUCGCAUCUCAGACUACUCAAAAGUGAAAAACCAAACAGAUUCUUGGUAUUGAUCAAAUUCCGUGAUAUUAUCAACGCAGCAGAGUUUCAGUUUCAAUUCGAUGGAAAGCCAUUUAAUUCGAUGGAACCACAGAAGUGCCAUGUUGUGUAUGUGAAAUCAGUAAAAAUGGAGUAUGAAACUGGAAAAAUUGAUGAUUCCAAUUCCUUGAUACCCUUCCUUUUGGCAGACCCAUUUACGGCAGAAACUGAAAUGAGUUCCCCCUCGAACACUUUGAUAGAAUUACCCACUUGUCCAGUUUGUUUGGAAAGAAUGGACUCGGAAGUCACAGGCUUGUUGACUAUCCCAUGCCAGCACACAUUCCAUUGUCAAUGCCUUUCCAAGUGGAAGGAUGACUCAUGUCCAAUUUGCAGAUAUUCCAAUAACUUUUCAAAUCAACAGGUCAGGCGAUCGGCUCGUCGUUUGUCACUGUUUAGUAUGCAAAGGCGACCACAAUUGUCCUCAUUGAACUCCUCCAUCCCAGAAGUCCCCGAUGCCACGGAAAAAUGUAUGGGAUGCACCACCACAUCAGGGUUGUGGAUUUGUCUAGUUUGCGGUAACAUCGGUUGUGGAAGAUACUCUCCAGAACAGCAUUCAUUGAACCAUUUUAUUAAUACUGGUCAUUGUUUUGCUAUGGAACUAGACACUUCGAGGGUGUGGGACUAUGCGGGAGAUAAUUAUGUACAUAGAUUGGUCACUAACGAGUCUGACGGGAAGUUAGUCGAACUACCAGAAAAACAGAACAAGCCUGGAUACCUGUCAAGUUCGGACAAAGCAGAUGAGGUGGAUUUCGAAUAUUCUCAAUUGUUGAUCAGCCAAUUGGCUAGUCAAAGAGAAUAUUACGAGUCAUUAUUAAACGAAAGAGAGGCUCCCAAAUCUAGGAAAGGUUCGAGGUUAUCAAGUGUGGAUAACCGUAUGAUGGAAUUGGAGAAUAGGUUAAAAGACUUGACUUUGGAGUUUACUCAACUUUCAGAUGGUCUCAUCCCUUCUCUUCAAUCCAAAAUUCAAGCUAAAGAUAGCAAACUAGAGAAGAUCUCUACCGAACUAAAUCAGUCCAAUUCCUUGAAUGAGGCAUUGUCAAAAAAGGUUGACUAUCUUCAAGAAAUCAACGACCAACUAAAGGGUGAUAUAAAGACUCUUAAUGAAGAGAAACAGGGGUUGUCAGAACAAGUGAAUGAUUUGAUGUUUUUCUUGGAUAGUCAAGAAAAAUUCAAAAACGAGCCUGAGGAUGUCAGGGACGGCACUGUUGUAGUGCAACAAAAACCAACAAGGAAAGCCCUAAGAAAGAAAAAAAAGUAAGUGAGGAUCCCAGGGGAAGCUAUCACGUCAAGACUUUUCCAUAUGAUUCACGUUUCUUCAAUUUAUUUGCUAAAAAGUUUCCUGCAGUUUUUGCCCAACAGGUUAGAGCCUAAAUUGUCUGGCAGAUUCUGUAAAUAGAGAUAAUGUGGAUAAGAACUAAAGCUU